CUUGGCGUUUUUUUCUCCCCGGUGACAGAGACACAAUCUCCGCGGUGCAUCUCCUCGCGUCCUCCCCGCCCUUCUCCUCCUUCUCCUCCUCCUCCUCCGCCUCGCCCGCCGACCAUGGCCCUGGUGACUCUGCAGCGCUCCCCCACCCCCAGUGCAGCAUCCUCGGCCAGCACGACCAACAGCAGUGCGGGGGAGGACUUUGGAAGUGACGAUGACCGGAAAACUAAUCAGAGCCUCAGUGAGAGUUUCUUCAUGGUCAAAGGAGCCGCCCUCUUCCUCCAGCAGGGCGGCAGUGCACAAGGACCAGAGACCCCGAGCCACCACAAACAUGCAGGUGAUUUACCUCAGCACCUGCAGGUCAUGUUUAAGAUCCUCCGCUCCGAAGAUCGCAUUAAACUGGCGGUGCGGUUGGAGAGCGGAUGGUCGGACCGGGUGCGCUACAUGGUCGUCAUCUACACCAACGGCCAUCAAGAUACAGAGGAGAAUAUCGUCCUGGGAAUGGACUUCACAGAGAAGGACAAUAAGAACUGCUCCAUUGGGAUGGUGCUGCCACUGUGGAGUGAUACCAACAUACAUUUAGAUGGAGAUGGAGGUUUCAGCGUCAACACAGCGGGGCGCUCACAUGUCUUCAAGCCUGUGUCCGUGCAGGCAAUGUGGUCUGCCCUGCAGGUCCUGCACAAAGCGUGCGAGGUGUCGCGCCGGCUCAACUACUUCCCAGGGGGCAUUGCCCUCACGUGGAUGGCCUUCUAUGAGAGCUGCAUCACCUCGGAGCAGAGCUGCGUCAAUGAGUGGAACACCAUGACCGACCUGGAGACCACCCGGCCCGACUCCCCCACCAUGUUUGUCGACCGGCCGACCGAGCGAGAGAGAACGGAGUGCCUCAUUAAAGCCAAGCUACGCAACCUCAUGAUGUUUCAGGACCUGGAGAACAUCACGUCCAAGGAGAUCCGUAACGAGCUGGAGCAGCACAUGAGCUGUAACCUGAAGGAAUACAAGGAGUUCAUAGACAACGAGAUGCUCCUGAUCCUGGGUCAGAUGGACAAGGCCACACUAGUCUUGGACCACGUGUACUUGGGCUCAGAGUGGAACGCUUCCAACCUUGAAGAGCUACGUGAGUGCGGAGUGGGCUACAUCCUGAACGUGACCAGAGAGAUUGACAACUUCUUCCCUGGGAUGUUCUCGUAUCACAACGUGCGUGUGUACGAUGAGGACGCCACCGACCUGCUGGCCCACUGGAACGACACCUACAACUUCAUCCUCAAAGCCAAGAAGAAUAACUCCAAGUGUCUGGUGCACUGUAAGAUGGGGGUGAGCCGGUCGGCCUCGACAGUUAUUGCCUAUGCAAUGAAAGAAUAUGGCUGGUCUCUGGAGAAAGCCUACAACAUCGUCAAGCAGAAGCGGAGCAUAGCCCAGCCCAACGGCGGCUUCAUGAGACAGCUGGCGGAGUACGAGGGAAUCCUGGACGCCAGCAAACAUCGUCACAACAAGCUAUGGAGGCCUGGAACAGACGAGGAGGGAUCGGAUCAAGCGUCUGGUGGAGGGGAGACAUCCGGGCUCAGAGGAGAGGAAGCCUGGGGGGGCUGCGGGGCAUCUCCCUGCAGGGCUGUGGGACUGGAGAUGGAGCCCCUUGACUCUCUUAACUAUAAUUACUAUUUCAGACGUUUGUCCGACUCGGCGUUAGACAGUGAGCCCUCCACCCCAGUGCGGGGCCCCCCGCUGCUGGGUAUGGAGAGGGUUUUCAUCGAGAUUGAAGACGUGGAGAGGGACGCCCUAUUGGAGGACGAGGGUUUCCCCAUGGCCCAUUUAGCUCUGCCUGGUGAGGGCACGGCAGCGCAGACGUGUGGACGCCUGGACCCCCUGGAGGACAUGAGACUAAGACUUGAGUUCAGUACUUUGGAAGAGGAGGACGAGGAAGAGGCGAAGAAAGAGGAGGCUGAAAUGGCGGCUUUGGCUCAAACACCUGGAGGUUCAGAUGGGAGGAGGGCGGGGGAGGAGGGGGAGAAGACGGAGGAGAGACGGCUAGGUCUCGCCAACCUCAACACCAACAACAGCAACCGGCUAGCGGCAAAACGCAGCUGCCCUGCAGCUUUUGAUGACAGUGCGAGCACAGGAAACCCUUUAAAGGUGAAGCCCUCCUAUCAGUCCUGUAAAGACUGCUUGCGUCUGCCACAAGGUCGGCGCUGUGACCGUCCAAUCGGAGGUCGUUCCCACCGCCUCUACUCCUCCCGCCACCACAAUGUCCCCUCUAUAUACAUAGAUCCGCCAGGGACCAACUUUGCUUCCACUCCAAUUCUGCAGUCUCUGCCGGCCCCUGCAGUUGCCCCUCCCGACGUGAUCCAGCCCUGUGCUCCCCUCUACCGCUGUUCCACGUGCGCCCCAGGCGUCCCACCAGCACAUCGCCUGAAACUGGUCUCACCCAUGAGCUUCGAGGAGGCAGAGGACAUGGACGAACCAACUGCGGAGAAGGUGGAUGUGCAGCUAAGGGAGGGUUCAGGGACGGUCAGUGCUGCUGCUGCUGCUGAAGGUUUAAAACUACAACCUGGUGAUGCAGCCGAGCUCCAGCAGCAGGCUCUGGCUCAGCUGCACAUGCCAGGACUGGGGAUAGAGUUUGGUCUGGAACUGAUGCGACAGAGGGCGGAGCAGCUUGAAAAGCUGCCGAGCUUGGCGAUGGAGGGCCAGCUCCCGGUGGGCCCCCUGCCUUAGAGCAGGAGCUGGAGGAGGAGCACUGCCUCCAUCGGGUACACUAUGAUGGCUGAGAGCCUUUAGAUGACUGCCGCUGUGGUGUGGUACCAGAAAUGAAGCCUGAGUCUGACCUGUACCGUCACGUCCUGCCCCAAGCAGCUCUCUGUGCUUUCGCGUCCGCUGGCAUGAAGAUCGAGAUGAGGCUGGUUGUUUUCACCGUCACACCAUUAAAAAGCUUGAACGCUUCUGGCCAUACUGGGACUGAAGACUUCUCUCGCGUCCCUCGGAGCUGCUGCCAUUUUACCAUCAACACGCAGGUUAAGCGGUGGUUUGUACGAUCUGCUCGUUCCUUUGUGACUCCUCGGAGAGCUGUCGUUAAGACUUCGAUGCUGAUGGAAAGAAAAAUACCUGUAUAUUUUAUCAGUCCACCUCAUCGAGAGUAUCGAGAGACGCUCAAUGAAUGUUGAUCCCGUUUGAUUCCAGUCAGAACGUCCUCAUGUCACCACGGAUAGACGGAAUCCCUGUUGAACUCCACUUCUGUUUCUCUUGCCGCAGCUGCUUUCGCAUCACGACGGAGCGUUUCACGUGAAAGCUUAAUCAUUUUUUAUAAAAGGAUUGUGAGCGUAUGUGAGCAUUUGAGAAGCGCCGUACCUCGGACCACGAAUAUCUGUCGGACUAGUUUUUUGUCAAAGACUUUUGUUUCUGCUCAGUGGCUGGUUCACCCCAUUAAUGUUAAUGUAAUUAAGUCCUUAAAGUGCUCAGUUUAGCCACGCAUGACUUUGCAGUAUUACAAAGCAUAUCCUCAACGUGCUCACGCAGAGAACACAUUCAAAAUCACCUUUCAUUUUCACCGGGGUUUUGAAAUACAUGUACUGAAAAACAUAUUUCAACAUCCAGGCAUCAUGAAACAAUGAUAAGCUUAAAUAUCAAUGACUCUUAUUCAGGUCAUUUCUGUAACUAAAGCCAUAUCACGUUGCCAGGUUCAGUUUUCACCUAAUUAUUCUCUGGGAAACCAUCAAAAAAAAUCUCUCAAUCUUAAAGAAAGUGAAAGAAACAUUCCUGAGUCAUCCGGGUCGGUGCCAUUUAAAAGGAGAAUUAUUUCGACCCACGUUUUAUGGAAAUCCGUUUGGUAUUUUUGGCGUAAUCCUGCUUUCAAACAAACAAACGUACAGGGGUGAGAACAUAAGAGAAGCUGAGCACAGUUUCCUUUGACCAGUGAACCAUCUGGCUCUUAUGUCAUAGGCUCACCCAGUUAACUUUUUGGUUACAUGUUCAAAAACCUUUCGCUGAACCCUCAAUUAUUUGCCAAGGCACAAUGAUCACGUAUAGAUUUAUCACUCGAGCACAACUCUAGCAUCCAUUCACACAGCGCGCAGGCAUAGCUCAGAUGUAUAACUACAUUUAGUCAGGAUUAAUUUGAGAGCACUAAGUCACAAACAGUAAUCAGAAAUGAAAAAUACACAUGCUCCAAAGACGUAUUCACUUUCUCAGCUUGCAGUACUGUAAGAAUAAGUAAAAAGAAAAAUUGCUAAUUUAAUGAAAUACUUGGUUACAGUGUACAAAAUUUGAAAAAAUAUUAAUUUAUCAACUGAAAAGACCAGACUUCCUUUUAUUUUCUAAAUAGAGAAGUAACCUAUUAAAACUGCAAAGCCCAGUUUCACAGUCCGCUGUAGCCCACAAGUUCUUCAUUCUUAUUUAAACUUUUCAUAUUGCACAUUGAACAGCGUGAGGUAUAUGUUUUUAACCUGUUUGGUUAAGAUUAGACCACCGAUCCAAAGUUGCUGUGCCGCAGGAGUUUAUUUUCUUUGGUUGAUGUUGUGUUGCUUUUCUUUUUUGGCACGCUGGGUGUGCUAAGAGUGGUUCUGAAUGACGCCUGUUUAGGAAAAAGCACAUGCAAGUGUUAUUACUGUGUUUAGAGAUCCAAGUGCUUCAGGAGAACUGUACAAAGAAUGGAUGCAAAUUAUUGAAUCAUCUUUCUAAUCAUUUAUUGUUUUGAGAUUUUGCUUUACUUUCAAAUCUAUCUGUAGAAACUUAGAGGGAAACAAUAAUACCUCCUCUGUUCCUUCUCCUCUCUUAAAUGAAUCCCAGGGAGCUGCAGGUUUGCUCCGCUAGUUAGAUUUAAGUAAUGUGGUUUCGCCUUUAACCGGUUCCUUCCCCUCAUGUGGACAUUUGAGUCUCGUGUAACAACAGCACUUACAGAAAGUUGCCAUAAACAGUUCACAGCUGAAAGCAUUAAUAAGCGUAGUGUAAAAGACAGACUAAAGGAAAAGUAUAUUGAGUAUAUGACAUAUUUAGCUCAACGUAAAGACUGAAGGAAAAGCCUGGUUCUGAAAAGUCUGGCCCCUCUAAAGUAAUUAUUACAUUAAAUCUCAUAAACCAACAUAACUACGCUGGGAGUAGGGGUGCUGAGGAGGCUGCAUCAUAUCCUACUGGUAAAAGGCUGUAAGUGAAAGCCAAAACAAAGUCAUAAUCAAUUAAAUCAAUCGAAAUUGAUUUUAAAAAGUGGAUUUAAGUGGUGGAAAUGGUUAGAUAGGUCUCAAAAGGAUUAUCCGAUGUUAUUUAACUUAUUUAAUUGCCUCCAGUCUAUGACAUAAACCCAUGUUUGUUGUUCCUUCAUUUCUGGUCCUUUUGCUAAGCUAAGCAGCCACAUUAUUUUUCCCAUCCAAACAUCACAGUGACACCUCCUCCUCCAACUCUGGACAACAAAGCAAACAAGCCUACGUCUCAAAAUCUCCAACAAUUCCUUCAGUGUAUUCUUCAUGUAAUUCUGACUGAAUGCAGUGGUUCCCAGUAAGUUCUUGGCCGGACGACAGUGCUCGACAACUCUCCGCUUGGGUUUCCCGACCGCAGCACAGAUAUUUGGUUGUUUGCUUCACGUGUUGUUUGUUUUUGCAUUUAAGUGCCUUAACCUCGGCCUUAGCUUCGCCAUAAAGCGUCACAGGCUUUGCAGAGUUACUGUGAGUGUGUUGAAGGUUUUUUUUUUUGUACAUGACUUCCCCUCACUCCCAAUAAUAACCACGCUCUUUGCAAUGUAUAACUCGGCACAUCUAUAUAAUGUAUGCAAACACAGAUACGCUCAUGCACAGCAGCCUCCUCUUCCUCAACAGACACAUACGUGGUGGACUUCCAUUUAUUAAAUAGCCUAUACUAAUAUUGUACUUGUUUGAUAUUGUUGACACUUGUGGUAUUGGUUCAAUAGCUGGCUGAGGAACCUUACUUGCUGGAAUGAGAACUAUCAUUUAUUUACAUUAAAGCAUAAGGAUAAGAAGGAUUUAAUUACCAGUCUGUAAAUACUUUUCUCUUCCAUUUAUUAUUGAGUCGAAGAGCUUGCAGUUGUGGUCACUACUAAGGAAAGCACUGAUAAUGGUACUGUGUUAGCGCACAGCAAAAAAAAGAAAAGAAUUGGAGGGGUCAUCUCUUUAGUUACACGACUUGCAGCUCUAUUAAAAAUGGAAAAUUAUAGAUUUAUUUAUUUAUUAUUAUUGCAUCAUUCCCAGGCAUCAAACUGACAAUCCUACUUUAAGGGCCAGAGGCUGAGGACGGACAUUAAAUAAGACAUAUAUUGUAUUUUCAGGGGAUGGGGUGGGGUGGGGGGGGGUGGGCGUUUAUAGAGUGGAUUGAUACAGAGCACAAGUUUGCCCCCUAAUGCAUGAGAUGAGUGGAAACGACCGAACAUGAAAAACCUACCUGGGAGGAGGAUUUUGUUGAUCGUCUUUUGUUUACUUGUACUGUACAUUGCCAAUGUUCAUGUGUAAUGCACUUUUUUUUAUAUUUUGUUAAACUGAUGUCCAGUCUAAUGUUUAUCAUGGAAAUAAAC